AUGGCCGCCUACAGCAGCGGGGUGCUGGUGGGGAACUGGGAGGAGGACCUCUCUCUGGAGGAGGAACGCCUGAGGGAUUUUAUGCAUAAAAGGGAAAGAGGAGAACUUUUGAUACAGAAAAUAAACAAACUUCAAGAUAAUCUUUUCAAGAAGAUACAGCUGUCGGUGUCUAAGGAUGGAUUUCUUCAUUUUGGAGACACUGUGAUGCUCCUGCACCCAGAAAACAAAUCCACGGUGGAGAAUCGCCCUGGAGCAUGUGGCCGUCUGACUCUGGCAAUUAAUCUUGAUGAACUAUCCGUGUAUUCAGCCAAAUCACUGGAAGUCCCUCGUGGAAUUAGCGCAAUUGAGAGCGCGGACCCCGAGGGUCGAAAUACUUUUUGUAUCUUAAGUGUUGAUGGAAGUGCAGAGGGUGAACCCAUUAGAUUUGGGCAAAAAUUUCGUCUUGGAACAACAGGAGGGUUUUCUGGCCAAAUGUUAUAUCUAGCAAGUGACCAUAAGUCAUUUAUAAGAUUUGCUAAAAAAUCUCGCCUUCAGCAAGUAUUUUUGACAGAAAACCUUUCCUAUUUGACUUGCUGGCAAGUUACCUUCUUGGAUCCGCAGCUGCGUCUUGAACAUGAAGGAUUUCCAGUUCCUGCAAACUCUAAAGUGCUUAUUACUCAUUGCCAUACUAAUCGGAGCUUAGCUGUUCCAAGGAAGUUUUGGACAUGGUCUUGUUUUGGAAAAGAAUAUGAAGUCAUUUGUCACACUUACCUGGACUCCCAUAGAGUUGAAGAAGAUAAGAAUUACUGGAUAAUAGUUACAGGAAAUCCCGGUGAUGAGAACGGUACAAUGAUUGAUAGACCCAGCCCUCACCCCGGCUGCCUUCACAAGAAUGAGUUUCAUGAAGAGACAUAGAAUAUAAAAAUCCCAGACUACAGCAAA